GUGUAAAACCCCUCCUUACAAAUUGAAAAACUGGUAUAACAUUAAAUAAUUGAAACCGAUCGAUACUCAACAAAAUCAACUAUAGUCUAUUGUUCAACUCUCAAAUUAAACACAAACAAAUAUCAGAAAAUGCUACUUACUUUCCAAGUCUCUUCCUAAGUCUUCUCUUCCCAUAUUACACUCACAAUCACCUCUUCUUCUCUAUUCUACAUUCUCUCCCCGGUUUAGAACUUCUGUAAGAAUAUUUUUAUGCUCUACAAGAGAAUAGAUUUAUAGGGAUUUGAUUUCAAAGAAGAAGAGAUACAAAUACAAGUGAAGGUGCAGUGGACAAAUUUUUAUACCAUGGUAGGAUUGGAACUCAUACCAAUAGGUACAAUUUUAACUGUUGUAACAAACCAAGUAUUGCGAACAGCUCAUGCUGCAGCUGAUGUUCUUAUUGGCAAAGAGAGUUUCAAAGCACUUUCGAAAUAUCUAUUCGAUAUCGAGCCAGUACUAAAGGAGUUACAGCGUCAAGAACUGAACGAUUCUCAACCUGCAAGAUUUGCUCUAGAGUCCCUAGAAGCAGAUGUUAAAAGAGCUAAUACUUUGGUCGAGAAAUACAAGAAUCGCGGACGAUUCUACUUACUAGUUAAGUGUCGUUCGAUAGUCGAGGGAGUUGAGCAAGUUACAAGGGAUAUUGGAAGGUCUUUAGCUGCACUGUCGAUUGCGAAUACUGAAGUGCUGUCGAGGAUUUCUGAUCAGGUUGAUAAGCUGCAAGAUGAGAUGCAAAGAGUUGAAUUCGAGGCUUCGCAAUCUCAGCUUGAGAUUGUUGAUAAGUUGAACCAAGGUUUAAGAGACCAGAAACAAGAUCAGGCUUUCGCGAAUGAUAUACUUGAGGAGAUUGCAAUGGCGGUUGGAGUUCCCAUGGAACCGUCCGAGAUAGGCAAAGAGUUGGCCAGCUUUAGGAAGGAAAAAGAAGAGGCUGCUAAUAGGAAAGAAAAGGCCGAAUUCGUUUUCUUGGAGCAGAUCAUUAAGUUGCUCUCUAGAGCGGAUGCGGCUAGAGACUACAAAGAAGUUAAGAUUCAAUACAUUGAAAGGGUUCGAGUGAUAGAAAGAUAUGAUUCGAGGGAAAAAUAUAUUCUACCGCUUAAUUCGUUCCUUUGCUGUAUAACGGGAGCGGUUAUGGUUGAUCCUGUUAGCCUUAACACAGGUACAACAUGUGAGAGAUCGGCGAUUGAAGGUUGGUUUUACGAUGGAAAUAGAACGGAUCCGAAAACAAAAGAGGUUCUUGAUGAUACUAGCUUGAAGUCUAAUAUUCCGAUAAGACAAUCAAUCGAAGAAUGGAGAGAGCUUAAUUAUUGUCUUCUGAUAAGGUCUAUCAGGGAAAAUUUGUUAUCGAAUUCUAAUCUGCAAGAGUCCUUGAGCCAAAUGCAGGCUCUAAUAGCUGAGAAUUCUAUUAACAAGGAUUGGAUUUCUAUCGGAGAACUUACGGAUAACGUUAUCUCGAUCCUCGGAAACUCUAAUGACAGAGAAGUGAAGAUGAAGAUUUUGAUCACUUUGAAGGAUGCUGUAGAGGGGCAUGCAAGAAACAAGGAGAAAUUGGCUGAAUCACAAGGAUGGGAUCAUAUCAUUGCGUGCUUAGAAAGCGACUCUAACAAUUCAAAGGCAGCAAUUGAUUUGUUAUAUGAGUUGCUUCAAGACCGAUCUGGUUGGAAUCAAUGUUUUUGCAAAAAGCUUUCUGAGAACGACACAGCAGUUCCUUUCCUUGUAACUCUUGUAAAGGACCCUGGAAAUGAUUCAGCCGAGGUUGCGCAGAAGAUUUUAAAGGAGCUUUUUGAAAUAAAUGAAAACAGCAUUAUCACUGCUGCUAAUUGUGGCUGGCAUAAGCCACUAGUCGAUCGUAUGAUUCGAGGACCGGAUUCAAGAAUGUCGAUGGCGAAAGCCAUAGUUAAUUUGGAGUUGGAUGAUUUAAACUUGAUACAACUUGGCAAGGAAGGAGUUAUAACUCCUUUGAUAGAAAUGCUGUCUGGAAGUAUCGAAUCGAAAGACCUGUCGUUAUCGGCUCUUGUUAAAUUAGCUGGAUCUCAUGCCAACAAGGGAAUUAUAGCUUCCUCUGGAGGUGUUCCUCUCAUUCUAGAUUUAUUGUUCUCGCCUCGGACACGGGCUUUCAUUACCAUUAAAUGUUCCGAAAUUCUUGAGAAACUUUCUUCUUCCGAUGAUGGAAUCGAUUUCUUUGUUGAUGGAGAAGGGAAACAGCUUGAGUUAGAUUCCAUCAUCACCAAUUUGCUACAUUUGCAGCAAAGUUCGAAUUCAGGCCACAACCUCCGUAAGCCUACGUUACGUGCUCUUCUUGGCAUUUGCAAAUUCGAGACUGGUUUUGUGAAGAAAGCAAUUCUUGCAGCCAAUGGUGUAUCUCUAAUUCUUCCACUUCUUGAUGAUUCCAACUCAGAAAUCCGAGAGACUGCGAUCAACCUGCUCUUUCUUUUCUCUCAGCAUGAACCAGAAGGAGUAGUUGAAUACCUCUUCAAGCCUAGAAGACUAGAAGCUUUGAUUGGAUUUCUCGAGAACGAUGACAAUGAUAACGUACAAAUGGCUGCAGCCGGUUUACUAGCCAACCUACCGAAAUCAGAACGAGAACUAACCUCAAAGUUGAUUGAAAUGGGAGGACUUGAUGCAAUCAUAAGCAUUUUAAAAACCGGAAAAAUGGAAGCAAAAGAACACGCUCUCAGCGCGCUCUUCAGGUUCACGGAUCCUACAAACAUCGAGUCACAGCGCGAUUUAGUUAAACGCGGAAUAUAUCCUUUGCUUGUAAACUUUCUCAAUACCGGCUCAAUCACUGCAAAGGCAAUAGCAGCAGCUUUCAUCGGCGAUCUUUCUAUGAGCACACCAAAGCUAACAGAUGUUUCAAAACCAACUGGCUGCUGGUUUUGCAGACCAUCGCGCAUUCCUCUAUGCGCAGCACACGAUAGCGUAUGCAGCACGACAACCACCUUCUGUCUAUUGGAAGCCGAUGCUUUACCUGGUUUGAUAAAGCUGUUACAAGGAGAGGUUCAUGCAACUGCUUUUGAAGCAAUACAAACACUUUCUACAUUGGUUUUGGAGGAGUUUCCACAUCGAGGUGCUCGUUUGUUGCAUGAGUCAAAUGCAAUGAGGCCUUUGUUGGAGAUUUUGAAUUGGGGUAGUGAGUCACUUAAGGCAGAAGCUUUAGGACUUUUGGAGAAGGUUUUUGUGUCAAAGGAAAUGGUGGAAUACUAUGGAAUGACGGCGAGAUCGCGGCUAGUUUGCUUGACUGGAAAUAAUAUAUAUGGGGAUGGUCACCUUAGAAGGAAAGCUGCUAAGGUAUUGUCAUUGCUUGAACGUUAUUCUAAGUCUUCAUCAUCUGCUAUUUCUGGAGUUUUGGAGUGAAACUCUAAAGAGGAACAAAUUAGUAGUUGGUUACACUAAUUAGUUAUUCUUCUCAUUGAUUAAACAAGUCUUAUAUACUCUUUGAUGUAAUGAGUUUUCAUUUUACUUUUUUCCACUUUUCUUUUAUAAGUAAUGUCCAUCAAGAAUAUUUAUACAAACAUGCUUCAAGUCGUCCCCGCCCCGCCUGUUGUCAUGCCUAACCUUCACAGCUAAAAAAACAUCAACGCAUAUAGACUCGAUCACAACGAAACUGUAACAGUUCCAAGUAUCCCUCCAUAAUUUUCUCUGAUUUCAUUUUCUAAAACUAUUUCUUCUUGAGAUAGAUCUCUACUCCAAUUAAAUCUCCAUUGUCUUACCUCCCCCUCAUUCAAUAUCAGAUCCUUUAUCAAGAUGUUUUUCUUUUCACAAAUAUUGAAAAAAGUCUCGAUAUAUAUCCUUUGAAAAUCUUACAUCACACCAAGGAUCAACCAAAGAAGAGAUUCCCCCCCAUUUCAUAUUUUUCUUUUAAGUUUCAUUGUCAUCCAAUUUGGUUCAAAUCCACAAACUCCAUUCUCUAUGUUUUGUAUAUCUUUCCACCAAAUUGAACAAUUACUCCCUUCCCCAAUUAUCCUACUAC